AUCUUGCAACAGGUGUUAAUUGCUCUGGUGAAGGGUCAAGUUUACAGCAUGGCACCUCUGAAGCAAGCCUUGAUGAUAUCACAUCUUCAUAGUCAGGGAGUUCUCAUUAGUCUUACAAAUAUGGCCUCAUUUGCAGAAUUUGUAACAAAAUUCUCAAAUUUACAGAUAUUUUUGUAACUCAGUCCUGAGGGAAAUCACUGAAACUGCUUGUAUAACUAACUUUGUUCAUCUGUGAAGCCUAAAUCACAAUAUGAAUUUUGUAGAAAAGAGUUAGAAGCUAUGAGUUGCUCAGCUGAUCCGUCUAAUGAAAAGGAUCUGUAUUCUCUUGCCCUUUUUGUUUUCACAGAUGAAGCAUUGAGUUAAGAGAAUUCUGAGAUGGCAAAAGUAAGUGGCAAAAAAGAAAAAAAAGUAAGAUGGCAAAAAUUAUGAAGUGGUGUUUAAAAUCACUGUAUGAACUUUCUGUGAUUUAGCUUUGUUUUUCUCCUACCACCCAUGGUUGGGUUACACAUUUGCAUGCAAAUCUUUCCCAUGGAAGCUCUGCCCAGAAACUAAAGGAGUGGUUUUUAAAAACCUGUUGUUAGUGUCUCCUCCAUAUUCUGUUCUCUCUGUUUCUUGCUGUAUUUCCAGCUUGCUUUUUCUUCUUGUUCCAGGGUAAGCCCACACUUCCUCACACCUCUUUGUCCAGAUAUCCACAUCUAAAUACUCUUAAAUACUCUUGACUGCACACCUGUUUCCCAGUUUUUAUCCUUUCCUCCAAUACUUUCUCCCUGCAAGCUUGUAUUCCCUAUUCAUUCCCUUGAGUUUCUGCCUUUUUUUUCCUUUUUUUUUCUUUUGGAGGGGGUGGCAAAAAAACCCCCUCCUCCAACUGGAAAGCUGAGGGGGAUACCUGUAGACAUUUCAGUAAUGUAUAAGAGUCCAAGACAUGGUCGGAUAUGGAAAAAUGCUGAUCAAAAAGUAUUAACUGUAGAAAGUCAGAAAAGGGAAAAGUAAUAUAGACAAAGUUUUGUAAACCUUUUACUAGACCUAAGCAUGCCUUAAUAAUUGUAUAUUAAAUGAAAUAAGGCUUUUAGCAUAGGUAGGCCAGAGAGAUUCCAAAGGAAACCUAAUACAAGGAAAAGGUUAUACUAAAAAUGCAAAAUAAAAUAAUAGCAAUGAACUCUUUACUUUUCAUAAUCGAACUCACUGCUGUGCAGCAAAGUUGGACUGAGGUUGAAUUCAGUUUCACCGCCCUUUCUCCUGGUAGAGUGAAUAUAUUUUCAUUACUGCAUAUGCACGUUAAGGAUGAGGUGCUCCAAGGCCAUUUUGCACCAGUAGGGACCCCACUUUGCGCUUCAUUUCCCAGCUGCAAUGAAGUUGCAGCAUUUUGCGAUUUAGUAUCUAAAGAUGGGUUAUUUUAGCCAAAAGGGGAGGCCACGAGCCUUAGCGGGUCCCGGGGGCAGGGAUGACCCUGCUGCGGUGCGCGCCGCGGGUACCAGCGGCGGGGGCCGCCCCUGCAGAGCGAGCAGGUACGGCUCACUUUUGGGGCUGGAAGAGAUACACAGGAGAUGGCCGUAAAGCGUAAAAUUCUAAAAACCGGUCAAGCCCCUAAAAGUGGAGAAACCAAGCCCGGGAGAGGCAGGGCGGUGCCCACCUGCCCGCUCCCUCGCCUGGGGCCCGGGAGGGCGCUCAGGGGUUAAUCCCGCGGGGGCGGGGGCAGCCGGGCCGGGCCGGGCUGGGCCGGGCCCCGCCGCCGCGGCUCCGCUCAAUGGGACGGGGCCGGCGGCGGGGCUGAGCUCGGCUGUGCUGUGGGGAUGUCGCAGGCUCCGCCGGGCGCGGGGCUCCUCAAUGACCUGCCCGACCACUCUCCGCGGGUGCGCGGCGCCGUGUCCGAGCUGCGGCGGAGGGCGGAGGCAGAGCCCGGCCAGCGCUGGCCGCAGCCCCUCUCCGAUGCCUUCCUGGUGCGGUUCCUGCGCGCCCGAGACUUCCACCUGGAGCUGGCCUGGAGGUUAUUGAAGAAUUAUCAGAAGUGGAGAAUCGAAUGCCCAGAAAUAAGUGCAGAUUUACAACCAUCUUCUGUUCUUGGUCUUUUGCAAGCUGGCUAUCACGGAGUCCUAAGAUCAAGAGACCCACAUGGAAGCAAAGUUCUAAUAUACAGAAUUGGACAGUGGGAUCCCAGUUUAUUUACAGCAUAUGAUGUGUUCCGUGUAAGUCUCAUUACAUCUGAACUCAUUGUAAAGGAGAUUGAGACUCAGCGAAAUGGAGUCAAGGCCAUCUUUGACCUUCAAGGGUGGAGAUUUGCUCAUGCUUUUCAAAUCAGUCCAGCAGUGGCCAAGAAAAUUGCUGCUGUUCUCACAGAUUCCUUUCCACUGAAAGUUCGAGGUAUCCACUUGAUUAAUGAGCCUUUAUUCUUCCACCCAGUCUUCGCUCUAAUUAAGCCUUUUCUCACUGAAAAAAUAAAGCAACGGGUGUACAUGCACGGAAAUAACUACUUGCAGAGUCUGACCGAACACUUCCCUGUCAGCAUGCUCCCACAGGAAUAUGGGGGGGAGGAAGUCUCCAUUGAAGAGCUGGCCAAGGAAUGGACUGACUUCAUAAUGGCAUCUUCAGAUUAUCUUCAGAGCAUUUCUCUGGCCUAGGAAUAACCUUAAUAUACAGUAUUUUAUUAAUUCUUGAACACUGGAAUUGGAAAUAAAUUUAAUAUGAAAAUUUCCAUUGUGAAUGAAACCAGUAUGUCUUUGCAGGGCACUCAUUGAAUGUUAUGUUGGCUGCACUUUUAUACUAACUGGAGGCUAUCAGUUUGUAUGUCUGAAGAGAUUAAUGAAUUUUACAUGUUUGUCUCACUGUUUGUUAUUGAGUAACUUGUAUGCCAGAAAGCUGAAGAGUGCAUUGGAAAUCAGAUUGAUACUGCUGCUGUUCGGUCUUUGGAGACAACUCUUCUGUAAUAAUGUAGUCCAGAACCUUACACUUAGCUCUUGAAUCUUGGCUUGUCAAGACAAUACAAAACAAAGAAUAGACUGUGAAUAGGGUAGUUUGUUGCAGAAAUAGGACUACAGAGCUGAUUUACAAGGAGUGAAGAGGCUGCUUUUUGGAUUGAUUCUCAGGGAAAAAAUGCUGUUUUGUUAGUUUGUAUCAAAUUGAAAAUUAGUCAGCAAUAGUGAGACAUUUGUGUUACUCUUUGUGCUGCUUGUGCAUCUUCCCUUUUUGUCCUAAUUAACAGAAUAAUAUUCAAGUUUUAUAGAAAAACAGUACAUACCUAUUCUUCCAAGAACAGUGUGAAUCAGGGGAGGAACUGGUAAAAGAGUCAUAACAACCUUGAAAAUUAUUAUUUUCUUUCUUAAAAGUGAUACUGUCUUUGGACAACUAUAAAAAACUCAGAUUAUUAUCCUUUAAUCUCUAGUAUAGUGGACUACAGAGGUCAAAAGUUUUCAGCUGUUUGCAUUAUCUGUUUGUUUCAGAGGGUAAAGUAGGUUAUCCUUUGCAGAUCUGAACUUUAGAAAUAUCUGUUGUAUUUUUAAGGGUGUUGUAAGGUCACUUUGGACCUCAGAAUAGGAGAUGCUUGGUAUUGUAAUUUUAUUUUCAGUACAGUAACUGUUCUUAACUCUGUUUUGUUUUUGCAUAAGCACUAUAUGUUUAAGCAUUCCAUAUGAAUUUUCCUAUUAAUAAAUCCAUAAAAAAUGCUUUUAUCUCAGGUAGCUAGAAAUGAUAACUUCUGUUAUUUAGUACUCUUUAGGACAUUGGAAUGGUAUCUAGACAUAGGGAAGAGAAAUGAAACUAUCCUAUUAUAUUAGAAAUGCCUUACUUUAGAUUAUGAUUAGUAAGGCGUUAUUGCAAGAGUCAUUGGAAACAAUUCCUUAUUAGCAAGAGGAAUAUCUAUGAAAGACCCCUUGGAGUACUUGUUGAUUGUAUUUUCUUCUGCUGUGGUAAGAUUAAUGCCAGAACUUCUUUCAAAACUGACAACAACCUCUUCCAAUUUCUGAAUUUCCUGAAAUGCCUUUUUAAUUUUUCUCUUUCAAAAUAUUUUUGAUAUGAGGCCUAAAUUUAAAGAAACCUUAUUCAGAUAUAUGAUUAUGUGAAGAUGUAUUUCAUAAAUAUUUCUUUUUCUCAGAUUUUGUGACACUAUUUUGUGAUACACUGUUUUGUGAUACAAAAGAUCCUUAAAUAGACAAGUUCGAUGAACUGCAAAUUCUUCUUUAUAAGAAAAUAGACUAAGUAGUCAGGUAUCUGGCAAUUGUUCAAGUGUGUAACUCAAGUUCCAAGUAAUUUACCAGCUGGAGACCUGAAGCUAUUGUCUUAAUGUUAAAGUCCUUCAGUUUUAAUCUGUGAAUGUAAACUGCACUAAGAAAUGAACCAUGUUUCAGUGAACAAGAAAAUUUAAACUUUUCCUAUGAAACCAAUCUCUGAUUGCUACUGGUUUAUGUAGUAGAAACCUCAUUUGAUUGCACAUGUAUAUACAUAUUUAGCUGUGGCAUUUUAAUCUUUAUUUGGACUUCACCAGCUCUAUGAAUAUAAAGUUAUAAGUGGUUUAAAAAAUACCCUGAUCCUGUUAUUAAGUGGUAGAGUGUUUGCAUAACUCAGCAGUUAGAGCACUGAGCGCAGUUAUUUUUUCCUGAACUGUUAAUUAUUUUUUAAUGUUUACAUAUUAUAUAGGAUGUGGGAACUGUUAAUUGCCAUGGCUGCUAAUAAUAAGGACACAAUACAAUUGGAACAUUUACAUAAUGAAUAGUGAAGAUAUUGGUAUGAUGUGCGGUGGUGUCGCAGCUUUGAGCAGCAGCCAACAAAACAAAAAUCCCUCAGUGCAUUAUUCUUUAUAAACAUCGGGAGUGCCUCUAAAAAAAAAAUAAAGUUCCUUUUAAACGGUACAAAUAUAAUUUACUACUGACUGUAAGCACGAUGUAAUGCACAAUUUUUAAUUUUUUCCCCUCUUUUAAAAUGUAUUAGCAUAUAUUUUAAUUAAUAAAGCCUUUCUGGUUGAA